CCCACAUUUUCUGCGCCUGCGCCUGCGCCUGUACAUCACUCCGCCACGCACGCUUCCCCUCACCACCCGCUCGCGCACACAAAAUGGCCGACGAAGACCUCAACCUGUACGACGAAGUCGAGAUCGAAGACUGCUUCUACGACGAGACGCUGCAGAUCUACCACCACCCAUGUCCCUGCGGCGACCGCUUUGAGAUCUCGAUUUACGACAUGCGGGAUGGCGAGGACAUCGCGCGCUGCCCAAGCUGCUCGCUGAUGAUUAGGAUUAUAUUCGAUCAGUCUGAUCUGCCCAAGGAAAAGGACGAUGCGCCGGGUGAGGCGACCGCUGUGGCCGCAUAGACACGCCCGGGGAUUCAAGAGACCGCAUAGACAAGCCUGGAGAUUCGAGGGAGGCAGGCAUGGCUGGGCUUGGCUGGGCAUGGCUGGGCAUAGUUGAGCAUCUGUGGCGUUGCAUGGACCGGCGUUUGGGAUACCACUGGUGAAGGACGAUCUGCAUUCAGCACAUUUUUAUUUCUUCAAGAACUAUGGAA